UUCUUGACUUCGUGUCGUGCCGCAAAAGCAAGAUUUCACCGAAAAGUUUACUAUUGAAAAACACCUUCAAAUCGGUGAAAAUCUUUGGAAAUACAGCAGACAGUAUGGUGGAAUCGAUGGCAGAAAAGGCUGAAGUGAGCAAAGAAAAUGUCGAUCCAGCUAAAGAGGGCAUGGAAGUGGACGAAACGAGCGACAUCCCUGUGAAGGUGUUUACGGUGGAAAUUCUACGAGUUAUUAAGGACAUGCAGCUUCAGCAUGGUCUCCGACACGGAGAUUAUCAACGUUACCGUGGGUAUUGCUCGCGGCGCGUUAAGCGUCUUCGGAAGACGCUCAACCUGCCACAGGGCGACCGUCGACAUUACAAAAAGCGCGACGUAACGCUGGUCAAUCUGGAAAAAGCGGAUGCUGACGAGCGGUUCAUUCACAUACCGCUUAUGCUGGCCGAGCGUGCCUGGUCGUAUGCGAUGCAGCUGCGCCAGGAGUCUAACACGGAGCUCCGCAAACGGUUCCAUCUGAUCGAGAAGCUGCGCAAAUCGUGCGUCUACGCGCUACAGCUGCAGGAACUAUGCGCCUCGGAACGUUGUGACGCUCGGACGAAGCUGGAGGCCGAAGCUUAUUCGGCCUGGAUUCACGGAUCGUUGCAUUUCGAGCUGAAACUGUGGCAAUCGGCCGCCGAAAAUCUCAAAAAGGCGCAGGUGAUCUACGAAAAUCUGGCCCAGGCCAUGCCGGAAGAGGAGCAAACGGUUUACCGUGCGAAGGUGGAGGAACUGAAACCGAGCCUGCGCUACUGUGCGUAUAAUGUCGGCGAAUCGUCCGUUAACGAUCUGCUGGAGAUGCGCGGCCAGGCCGGUCUGCUGGGCAAUCUGAGCCACUUGGUGGCGCAGACGAAGGCCGAAAGCAUGGAAGCAUUCCAGAUGACUGAAUGGCGUGGCCGCAGCGUGACGGUUCGUCCCGAGAAGGUUCGGCUGUUCUUGCUGAGCAUUCAGGAGCUCGGCAAGAGCAUCGAAAAGGCAAAAGAUUUCCCGGCAAAGAUAGAGCUGCUGGAGAACGUACUGCUCGACUGCAAGGACGCCAUCGCGGCCAUCAAAGACGAAAUCAAGCAGGAUCCAAAGCUACGCCAAACGUCAAACGAUGCUGGAUCUGCUGGGUUAGUUGGAAUUCAAUACCUAUUGGCUUACAUGUCGUACACCAGGCUGAAGUUGACGCUGGACCGCAAUCUGUUUCUCGUGGCGCAAGCGAAGCUAACACUGGACGACCCGAACGCGACGGAAAAGGUGCAGCCGAACAGUGCCGGAAAGAAAACGAAACCGCAGGAUUUGUCCCGCUUGUACGAGAUCAUUUUACAGAACGUGACCGAAAUGCAGCAGCUGAGUGGCAUGGAGAACGAUGCGUCGUACCAAGCCGAGAUGGAAUCGCUCGCGCAGUCGUUCCGUGCGUUCCGUUGCUACUACAUCGCCAUCACGCUGGUGGCAUUGAAGCGUUGGCGCGAAGCGGUCGCCAUGUACGAGCGCUCCAAGAAGUACGCCACCGAAGCCGUCUCCGCCAAGACCACCUGCAGUGACUUCGAUCUGCGCACGGAAUUGAAGACGCUGAUCGCUACGAUCGAGGGCUGUAAGUUUUCGGCCCACGCGUACAGCGUGCUGGAGGACGACACCGCGGACGAUUCGGUUCUGUUCGGCAAGAGUCAGAAAUCGUCCAAACCGCUGUACGAACGACUGUCCCACUACAAGGAGGACGCAUCGCUGAACUCGCGCAAUCCGAAUGUGUUCAAGCUCGUGCCGGAAAUGGAACCGAUCCCCGCCAAGCCAUUGUUCUUCGAUCUAGCGCUCAACUUUGUCGAGUUCCCGUCGCUGGAGGACAAAAUCGAACAGAAGGCCGCCGGAAAAGGCACGACAGCUGGUAUGUCCGGGUUCGUCAAAGGCCUAUUCGGUUGGGGUGGUAGUGCCGCCAAGUAAAGCCCGACCCGAGGUCACUUCGCAUCGGAAAGGAUACUUCCUAGUAGGGACAUUCGGUAUUUGUUGUUUUUUGUUUACUUUUCCAUUCUUUUUUACAUUUUUCACCACCACCCAAACAAUGGUGGCCCUAACUACCUUAUCAAUAAACUCAACAAUCCAUAUGUAUGAAAA